UUUCUUUUUCCCCAACAGUAAUGCUAUCUUUCAGUGAAUAUCGAAAUAAUACCAACGGCAGUCACAACAACAGCAACAACAACACCUACAGCAGCAGCAGCAGCAAUAGUAGAAGUAGCAGCAGCAGCAGCAGCAGCAGCUGUGGGAGCAGUGGUAGUAGUAGUAGGGACAGGAACAGCAAUAGCAGCGUUGAUUACGGAACAGUGCGAAGCCAGUUCACAAGUGUACAAGCGCUAGAGUCGUCGUCGUCGCUCGAGUGAAUCGGUGGCUGAGAUUCAGUGUGUUUUUGGAAAUAUUGUGAUAAAAAACAAACAAAAGGGGGAGAAAAAAAAAACUAACGAAAAAAAACAAACAAACAAAAGCUAAAACAAAAACAAACCCAGGGGUUCAAGGUAAAAGAAAUCAACAAUUGCUGGAUCCAAUGUUUCGUUCGGUAGAAGACAGAAAGGGUGGAAAUCUAUUAUCAGAAUGGGAAAUGGAGCGAGCCACAACGCCCAUCUGGUGAUAGAGGGCGAAACGUUCGAUGCGAACCGUAUCAAGAGCUUGAUACCGGAACUCCGUAAGGAAAUCCGGCAAAAGGAAUCGGUCAUUUCCAGAUACGAAACCGAAUUGCACGACAAGAUGCGAGAGUUGAAAGAAAAAUCGGCCGAUGUGCAGCGGCUCCGCGAGGAAGUACACAAACUCCGCUCCGUAUUGCAAUUAAAGGUGUGCAAUGAAGAAGGUAGGCCCGACAUUCUGGCCACAAUACAAGAGAACUUACCGGCGAACAAACACUCAGCUGAUCAACGUUUAAAAAGACAAGGAGUCUCUGGAGAAAGUUAUAAUAAUUCCUCAGGAUUAAGCGCUAUUGAUUUAAAACAUUACGAUAAAGAUUUCAGGUAAGUUAUUAUUAUUAUUAUUAUUAUUAUUA